CCUGGGUUUGGUCCAGUUUAACCACUCAAGCUAAAGUUGUUAUUUGUGCUGAACAGUUAGCUGGAGCAUGGCGUCCUUUGUGACUGAAGUGCUCGCCAGCUCGGGGAAGCUCGAGAAAGAAGACCUCUCCAGUAAAAUAAGCAAGAUGUCGCGCAAAGUGGAGGAUACCAAGGAAGAAAUAUGUGACGUAAUCACCAAGAGGUAUAGUGAGUUCCUACCAAGUCUUCAAGGCUCUGAGAAGCUUAUGGGACAGAUCGAUGAGGUCUCCAAGGAAAUUAAUGCCCUUAAAAAUUAUAUUGAAACAGAGGUGCAGCAAAAUAUCCAUGUUGCCGUGGCCGAUUAUGCAAAGCUGAAGCAGCAGCUUGAGAAAAAUACCAUAAUUAUAACAAUGCUUGGACAUCUAAAGGAGUUUCAAGAUUCAAUGGAGGAAUUUGGACAAGCCUUGCUGGAGAAGAAGUAUGUCAAAACAGCCAAACAGUUAGAAAGGGCAAAGGCCAGUGUGGAUUCUCUUAAGGAGUGGAAAAGUUCAGAGCUGCCAUUGCUGCGAGCCCUCAGCUCUGAGCUGACAAUACAGAGGGAAAACUUCAUCUACCACCUGGGCGAUGAAUGGAAGCGACUAGUUGUCUGGAAAUUGCCUUCCUCUAAGGAGCCAGUAGGUCUGAAGUCCUUUCUGAAGACAGAACUCAGCCUAACCCUUGGUUGUAGCAAGGAUGGGGAGAAUAUCCCACCUGCUCAGCUCUGCUGCAUUCUCCAAGCUCUAGCCAUCCAGGGAGAACUUCAGCACAAGAUCAAACUCUUCAGUCAAGUGUUGUUGAAGAACAUGUUGAAGCCUCUUAUCAUCUACCCCUCCUUGUUGGUGAGGGUGGCAGAGCAGCAGGGUGAGGGUACCAUCCUGGCAUUACAGUGUUUGGAAGAAAAACAAGAGGAGCACUCCAGUCCUACACAAGUCUACACCAAGCUCCUGGUGGUACUCAAAACGCUACACUCACAUUUACUAGCUGUACCCGUGGGGGAGAAGUUGCUCUCAGCCAUCUUGGGAGACUUGAUUUGGGAGGAGCUGUCUCAUUGCAUCAUCCAUGAGUGCCUUCUCCACUCCAUUCCUACACACAGCAACCAGCUCGAGAAAUACAACAUAGUAAUCAAGGAGACAGAGGAGUUUGAGAAGUCCUUGAAGGAGAUGCAUUAUCUGCAGAGUGAUUCCACAGACUUGCUCAAAUAUGCCAGGGAUGUCAACUGCCACUUUGCCAGCAAGAAGUGCAAAGAUGUCAUUGUGGCAGCACGCAAACUCAUGACCUCCAAGAUGCAUAACACUGUCCGAAUCACACAAGACACUAAGCUACAACUUCCUAAGCUGCCCGUGCCGGGUUCAGAAGACAAAGGCAGACUGGAGGCCAACAAUGCUCCGUGUAGGAAGGAGGUGAGGCUGGACAACGACAAGCAGCUGGCAUCAAGGACUAUGUGUCUGCCAGGUUGUCGCAUCAGUGAGUCUGUCCAGCAGCUAAUGGAGCUUGCACUGAACACCCUGUAUGAGGCCGUGGGAAGUUCCACACAAUGUUCCGUGCAACUAUUUUUCACCGUGAGAAACAUAUUUCAGCUUUUCUACGACGUUGUACCCACUUACCACAAGGAGAAUUUACUAAAAUUUCCCCACUUGGCAGCCAUCCAGCACAACAACUGCAUGUACCUGGCCCACCACCUGCUCACCUUGGGCCACCACUUCAGGUCCCACUUACCCCAACCCCUCAGUGAGGGUGUCACCACCUUUGUUGACAUGGUGCCCUGUUUCAGGAAGUUAGGUGCCCAGUGCUUCCUGACACAACUAAAUGUCCAAAAAGCUGAGCUGCUUGAGAGACUGUCCACUGCUCGCAACUUCUCUAAUCUGGAUGAUGAGGACAACUACACUGCUGCCAGCAAGGCCAUAAGACAGGUCAUCCAUCAGUUGAAACAACUGGGCACAGUGUGGCAGGAUGUCUUGCCAGUCAACAUUUACUGCAAAGCCAUGGGGAGUCUUCUCAACACUGCCAUAACAGAAGUCAUCGCCAAAAUAAUGAUGCUCGAGGACAUUUCCUCCGAAGAAGGGGAACACCUCCACACGCUGUGCCAGACCAUCAUUGAGGAAGGCCCCCUAGUCUUUAUCCCACUGGCUGAGGAAAAUAAGAAUAAGAAAUACCAGGAAGAGGUUCCCAUCUAUGUUAAGAAGUGGAUAACCUUCAAGGAACUGGUUAUUGUGCUGCGGGCCAACCUGCAGGAGAUAGUCAACAGAUGGGCGGAAGGUAAAGGUCCUUUGGCAUUGGAGUUCUCCAUUUCAGAGAUGAAGAGUCUGAUCCGAGCCUUGUUUCAGAACACAGAGAGGCGAGCUAUAGCUCUAACUAAAAUCAAAUAGCCAUUUGCGAAGAAUAACCCCCAAGACUAUGCUUUAGCACUUUUUCCUGAGGAAAAUUGUAUUGAUAUCCUGCUUGUUUAUAUGUUUGCCAAGAUCCACAGUUAUUACCAAUAAAUGCAAUGGCUUUUUGGUAACCUAUGAAGCUUCAAAAUAAUUUCAGAUGACUUCUGAGAGACUGACCUGUGAUGUUGCGUGCUGGGGGUUCUUUUUGGUUCUAGGGGAGGGUUCUUGUACAACCAUAAAAUGUUAU